GCCGAGGCAGCAAGAGGAGCUGACAGCGCGGAACUGGCGCUGCGGAGCGCUGGGAGCCGUGCCGGUUCCUCCGGCCGGCGUCUGCGGGUUCAGCAGCGUCUGACCGGCUCGAAUUCGGGAAUUUAAAUAGACGUGGAGCUAUGCUUGUGACUCCGCGGCUCCUCAAAGGCCCUUAGACGCCUGCUUUCUUACUGCAGCCCAGGACCAUGGAGCCCCCUAUCCCACAGACCGCCCCCUUGACUCCCAGCUCAGUCAUGGUCCAGCCCCUCCUGGAUAGCCGAAUGUCUCACAGCCGGCUCCAGCACCCCCUGACCAUCCUGCCCAUUGACCAGAUGAAGACCAGCCAUGUGGAGAAUGACUACAUAGACAACCCUGGCCUGGUGCCCCCCACUGGCCCUAAGCGGACCCGGGGUGGGGCUCCUGAGUUGGCCCUGACACCCGCCCGCUGUGACCAGGACAUCACCCACCACUGGAUCUCCUUCAGUGGGCGCCCCAGCUCUGUCAGCAGCAGCAGCAGCACAUCCUCUGACCAGCGGCUCUUAGACCACAUGGCACCGCCUCCUGUGGCUGACCAAGCCUCCCCGAGGGCCGUGCGCAUCCAGCCCAAGGCCAUCCACUGCAAGCCGCUGGACCUCAAGGGCCCGGUGACCACGCUGCCCCCAGAGCUAGAUAAGCACUUCUUGCUGUGCGAGGCCUGUGGGAAGUGUAAGUGCAAGGAGUGUGCAUCCCCUCGGACGUUGCCUUCCUGCUGGGUCUGCAACCAGGAGUGCCUGUGCUCGGCCCAGACCCUGGUCAACUACGGCACCUGCAUGUGCCUGGUGCAGGGCAUCUUCUACCACUGUACCAACGAGGACGAUGAGGGCUCCUGCGCUGACCACCCUUGCUCCUGCUCCCGCUCAAACUGCUGCGCCCGCUGGUCUUUCAUGGGCGCCCUGUCCCUGGUGCUGCCCUGCCUGCUCUGCUAUCUGCCCGCCACUGGCUGCGUGAAGCUGGCCCAGCGCGGUUAUGACCAUCUGCGACGUCCUGGGUGCCGCUGCAGGCACACGAACAGCGUCAUCUGCAAGGCAGCUUCUGGGGAUGCCAAGGCCAGCAGACCUGACAAGCCUUUCUGAUGCUUGGGUCCAGGCACUCAUGCUCUCACCCCCUGGAACCUGGCCACCUUCUGACACCUAAGAAGACUUGCAGGGAGUCCUGAGGUCUGAACUUCCUGCAGCUCAUCUUGCUGGGCACUCACUCAACUCCCUGUCACCCCAAUGUCAGGGAAGAAAUGAGAGACCACCAAGGUCUGCCUUCUUCUCUCCCCUAAAAAAGAUGAAGAAGCAACUUUGGGUUUGUUUUUCAGGGUGCUGGAACUUUGUGUCAAACAGACAGUGGAAGGGGGGUGUGGUGUAGCCAGGGUGGGGGACAGAUCUUUCUCUUUUUUGGAGGACAGAACACAGAUGUGGACACAAACCCGGAAGUUGCACCUGCUUGAAUACUUCUUAGUCCCCCCCCCCCCCAUCUUCCUUUCUCCUUGGCUGCCUGGGAGAAAUCACUUGAGUGGUCAGGGGACUUUUGAAGAAGAUCCUUGGAGUCUUGAUGUCUUUACCUUCUUCUCCCCCCUCCACCUCAGUUGGUCCCUGCCUGACACCUAACAGGGACCAUGUAGACUCUGGCGGCCCCUGUUGUAUAUACUGAGAACAGAGGGUAGCCAGUGAGUCCCUGCUUCCCUUGCUCUGCCUCCCCAGAGCCACGGACAGUACAGUUCUCCUUUCCAGCUUCACUGCUAACUCUUGGGGGGAAAGGGUGUUUCACUCACAACACCGACUUUCGGUUCUUAACUGAGUCACAGACUCUCCUGCCCGCUGCAUGUCCCGAGUUCUCUCCACUCAGAUCCUUUCCAGAAACUUGAUGAUGGGUAGAGAAGUCCGGGGCAGCAAAUGUGAGACCAAAUACCAUUUUUGCCAAUGAGUCUGAAGCUGUGGUCUCUGGAUCCAGUCAUUAUGUUUUUAUAGAUUAAUUAAACCAGAUGCUAACGAUGUUAUAAAGAAAAAAGAAAUAAUGAAACACACUUGCUUCCUUUUGGGCCACCCCCCAGGAAGGGCUGAUUUUAAAAUCUGGGGGGGGGCGUGCGGCCUCAAGGAACACAAUCCCUCCCCACCAAGAACAGGAUUUUAACAGCAAAGAGGAGAGGCAGCACCUCCCAUUGGCAGAGUGACAGCUGAUCCUAGCUGGGGGUGGGUUCCUUCUCUUCUGAUGCUGCUGCUUGCUGUCAUAGCCUUUUAUGUACAGUGAUGUGUCUGUGUCUUUAAUGUAAAUAGAUUAUGAAAAAAGAGUCUAUUCCAGUGUUAGGAAGGCCCUGGUGGGGGAGUCAGGAGAGUGUGGGUGGGUGGGGGCGAUUUUCCAGGGGCUGGCUCCUCAUGGUUGAGCCUUGCUUUUGUGCGUAGCCCCACUCCCCCCACCCCCCUCUAGGCAGCCCUCAAAGUAGCAACUCUCUCUCUCUCAAGGUGCUAAAGGACUCAGAAAGUGCAGCGUCCGUCCAGUGGGUAGGUACUUAUUGCAUGCAAAAGCUGUAGUGUGUCUGGUCCUUCCUCCCCAGCUAUUGUGAGGGAGUUUUUGUUUUGUGUGGUAUUUUGUGUUACCCCCUCUAACAAGAGGAAGCAGCCUGGGUCAGAAGAGCUACCCCAGGUGAGAUGGGAAGUGCAUGGCGUGAAGUGUUGGUAGCAUUUCCAGUUUGUCUGUAGAGGCUGAAUUGCUUCCCGGAAGGAGGCAAGUAGCUGUGGUUGGUAUGCACCCAAUGCUUCUCAAGGAGUUUUUUUUUCCUUUCCUUCUGGAAGACUAGUAGUAAUAUCUUAUGAUUUAGCGUAAGUUAAUUGUAACCAUAGGUAUUUAUUGAUUGGAAGACAGAAGGGGGAGGUUCUUAUUAUUUUAGGAUUUAUUUAUAUAACAUUUUGCUAGCUUGUAAAAGGCAAAUAUGAAACAUUGCAUCUGCAUUUUCUAAGGCUGAUUCACCUAGCUGCCCUUGCUACAGUCAGCGAAUGGUCUUGCACAAAUCUGAAGGAAUGGUAGGGAAGAAAACACAUUCAGCCAACCACUUAUACUAAUUGAAUGUAUCAGCUAUGUGCUGAAAGGGACUGGAGAGGUUUUCUUCAGAGUAGGUGUGCAGAGGUCUUCCCCUUCCCCCAAAUGAGAGGACAUUCAUCUACUCUUGGGGUGGGGUGAGGGGGUCUUCAGAACUUUCCCCAGAGCCCCUUCCUCAAGUGUCUCUCUAUGGGAAACUUGACCUAGUGGCAAGCUGCACUUUGGUGAUCUUGGUGUUCUAUGCGCUGGUUCUGUGGAGAAUUGAUUUACAUAAGCUGUGUAUUAUACACAACACACACACCCCUCUACCCUACACUGAUCCUCUGUCUACAUAGACCCUGUUUCUUGGCAGACAGCCUCCUGAACCCUGCCUUUUUGUGUACAUAGUUGUAAACAUGGAUUUUUUUUCUGGGGUUUGGUUUUUUUCUGGCUCCCACUACCCCCAUUUUGGCUUGUUCUUUGGUUUGCGCUCAUCCUUUUAGAUGGAUGUCUGCAGAGCGGUGCCCCGUGUGCUCAGUGGGAAGGCGUGAAGCAGUGUGGGUUCCCUCAGUUCUGUGGUGUUGGCCUUCCCUCUGCAUGUUUUCUUCUCAGCUUCUUGGCAAAGAAAACUGGCUCAUCCAUGGAUGCCAGGGGCCAGUCAAGGGCCACUGAGGUACCAAGCUCUCAGAAACAUAACACAUAACUGUGGCUGACUAUGCUUCCUGUCACCAGUGACUUGCCUGGUGGGACUGACAAGAAAAACACAUCACUUUUCCUAUGCCUCAUCUUGACCCUUUUUGGAAAGUGCCCGCUGGUUCCACUUCUAGUCAGCUUGCAGUGGUUUGUAGUUCUGCUUGAAUCAGAAGUGGGGCGCAUAAACCUGGAUUCAGGACAUUUCUUCUUUGUACCCUCCCCUUGGUUGUUUGAACAGCCAAGACCACAGCAGGAACUCUGGUACCUGGGUUGAAGACCAACUGUAGCAGUUGCUACAGGCCCCUGUGCAACUGAGAGAUGGAAGACCUUCAUGAGAUUCCUGUGAUUCUUCGGGCAUUUUAGAGCCUGUACAGCCUAUUGUAUAUCAAGUGAGGCCCCAGUAGGAAAUGACUUGGCCAAGGUGACACAGCUUGGAAAAGGAAUGGUGGGGAACGGCAGCCAGGCUUCCUCACCGUGAAGCUCCAUAUUCUUCAGGCUGCUCCAGAAGAUGCUGGAGCAGGUGUGGGCAGCACAUGUUUGCACUGUACAAAUGCACUGGGGCAUCCCUUGAUGUUCACCAGCCUUCUGGUUCAUGCCCUUGGUAAGCUUUCUCAUGCCCUCUGCUUACUGUGACUGUUGAUGGCAAGUCUUGGCGCUGCUAUCUUUGUUUGCUGUGGGUGACUAUGUGAUGUCUCAUCUUGCUUUCUCUUCUUACUGCCCCACAGUUUGGUGUCGUGUUACAAAACAAAAGCUGUUCAAGGUCCCCCACGCCUCUGCAUUCCUAUUUCAUUUCCCCCUGUCACUGUAGCCCCCUUCUCACCCACCCCACAACAAAAGUUACCACAGAAGGUUUCCUUUGUAUAGAAUAUUUAUUUUGAAGCUCUAUUUUAAUAGUAUUUAUUUUAGAAAGUCUACUAUUGUAAGAGUUCUUCUGUUUGUGAAGAAAAAAACAAGUUAAAAACUGAAUGUACUGAUCUAGAAAAUAUAUAUAAAUAUAUAUUGUUAAAUAUACACAGGACUGCCA